AUGGAGCCCGACCAGGCCAGCGCUUUGGAUACCCUCGAUCUUGAACGAAAUGACCAUCAGUUUUUGAUGAACAACACCGUUCAAUCCUUCACGUGGGAUAAUCUGACCGUAACGGUGAAGGAUAGACGCACAAAAGGACCUCGGAAUCUGAUCGAAGGAUGCAGCGGAACUGCCCACCAUGGCCAACUGAUCGCGUUGAUGGGCCCCUCCGGCUGCGGAAAGACAACUCUCUUAAACGUUCUUGCGCGUCGCACAGCUUCCGCCGGUGCGAAAAACACGGGGGAGUGUUACGUAAAUGGAGCAAAGCUCGACAAUGACACCUUCAACAGGAUCACAUCCUACGUCGAACAGGAGGAUGCGUUGAUCGGAUCCCUGACGGUGCGGGAGACACUGAAGUUUGCCGCGGAUCUGUCUCUGCCGGGCUCGGUGACGCGAUCUCAAAAAGCAGAUCGCAUCCAGACCCUGCUGAGCGCAUUCGGAAUCCAGAACCAGGCCUCGACUCUGGUGGGAACUCCAAUCCGGAAGGGAAUCAGUGGAGGCCAAAAGCGACGGGUCAGCGUCGCCAGUCAGCUUAUCACAUGUCCCAAGAUCUUGUUCCUUGAUGAGCCAACAAGUGGAUUGGAUUCGACUGCUAGCUACGAGGUCAUCUCAUACGUCAAAAGGCUUGCGGUAGCAAACAAUCUUAUCAUAAUUGCCAGUAUCCACCAGCCAUCGACAACAACCUUCCAGCUGUUUGACAACCUCCUCCUUCUCUCAGGCGGAAAGACAUGUUACUUUGGACCCGUUUCCGAGGUCCCAAGCUACUUCAAUAACAUCGGAUAUCCUAUUCCCUCCAGUACAAAUCCAGCGGAGUACCUCUUGGAUGCGGUCAGCUCUGACUUUACAGUCCAUGAGGAUCAGGUCGGGAAAAUCCAAACCGCAUGGGCACAGUCCGCCGAGUAUGCCGCAUUAAGCAAGCAACCACAGAGCGCAAACGAGAAGAACGUGAACACAAUCAACAUCGACGAACUAAGCCGCCCAGGUAUUCCCCGAAUUACCAUGUCUCUUCUCCAUCGGCUCUUCAUCAAAAGUUAUCGCGACGUUGUAGCCUACGGUAUUCGGAUUGUCAUGUACUUAGGGCUGGCAAUCAUGAUGGGGACGGUAUGGCUGCGUCUUCACACCUCCCAGGAGUAUAUCCAACCAUUUAUCAAUGCAAUUUUCUUCGGCUCGGCUUUCAUGAGUUUUAUGGCCGUUGCCUACGUCCCAUCCUUCCUUGAGGACCGGGCAACUUUUACCAAAGAACGAGCAAACGGACUCUACGGCGCCCUUCCCUUCGUUAUCUCCAACUUCAUCAUCGGCUUGCCGUACUUAUGCGCCGCAUUCUUCACCUGGGUGAUGUGGCUCUUCCUGGACCUCGUCGCCGCCGAAUCCCUCGUGGUGUUCGUGACCGCCAUAUUCCCGAAUUUUGUGAUCAGCCUGGCGCUCGUCGCGUUUGCCAACGGGCUCUGGAUGAGUGUGGGCGGGUUCCUCGUUUCGCCGACCAUUUUGAAUCCAUUUUGGAAAUAUGUUUUCCACUAUAUUGAUUACCAGGCGUAUGUCUUUCAAGGGAUGAUGGUUAAUGAGUUUAGUGAGAGGACAUAUUCGUGUGGCUCGGGGUGUCAAUGUAUGUAUCAGACAGACCUGGCAGAUCAGUGUAUGAUCCGAGGAACCGGGGUUCUGAAGGAAUAUGGGUAUGCCACGGGUCGGACAGGGAAGUGGGUAGGUAUUCUGAUAGGCAUCAUUGCCGUUUACCGAUUGUUUGGCUAUAUCGCCUUGGUGUUGAGGAGGACUUGA